UGUUUCCGGUGGUUCCUGUGGCGGCGGCCAUCUCAGGGCGCCGGCGGGCGGGUCUUGAGGCGGCCCUGGGGCAGGCGGCGGGAGGGGCGGUUGCGGGGCCGUCAGGGAGCCGCAGCGCUGAGGGCAGCGACCGGAGGCGGGUCGCCAUGGGGGCUGAGACCACGCCGUGAGGGGCUGAGCCCAGCGGCGGGCGUCAUGGCUCUCGGCAGCAGGGCGGCCUUGUGGUGGGCCCGGCUGCUCAGUCCCGGCCCCGCUGCUGCCCCGCGGGACUCGCCGGCGUGGCUGGCUGCGGGGCGUGUGGCGUGCCGGCGGCCCUACAGUUCCGGCGGCAAGGAAAAAAUAGAUAUGUCAACAUAUUCUGUGGAAAGCAUAAGAAACUUCAGUAUUAUAGCUCACGUAGACCAUGGCAAAAGUACAUUAGCAGACAGGCUGCUGGAAAUUACAGGAACAAUUGCUAAAACUGACUGUAACAAACAAGUGCUGGAUAAACUGCAAGUGGAACGUGAAAGGGGAAUUACAGUUAAAGCACAAUCUGCAUCUCUCUUUUACAAUCACAAAGGAGUAAACUACCUCUUAAAUCUUAUUGAUACGCCAGGCCAUGUAGAUUUCAACUAUGAAGUAUCCCGGUCACUGUCUGCCUGUCAAGGUGUUAUACUUGUAGUGGAUGCAAAUGAGGGUAUUCAGGCUCAGACAGUAGCAAACUUCUAUCUUGCUUUUGAAGCACAACUUGCAAUAAUUCCUGUCAUAAACAAGAUUGACUUGAAGAAUGCAGACCCUGAAAGAGUUGAAAAACAAAUUGAGAAACUGUUUGAUAUCCCUGUUAAUGAAUGUAUAAGGAUUUCUGCUAAACAAGGGACAAACAUUGAAAAAGUUCUUGAAAAGGUCAUUGAGAAGAUUCCACCACCCCAUUUUAAUACUACUGAUCCGUUGAAAGCUUUAGUAUUCGACUCCACCUUUGACCAUUACCGAGGUGUCAUAGCUAAUAUUGCACUCUUUGGUGGGGAGAUUCAGAAAGGGCAUAAAAUUGUUUCUGCACACACAAAGAAAAGAUAUGAAGUUAAUGAAGUAGGAAUUCUGACUCCAAACGAACAACCAACAGAUAAACUAUAUGCAGGACAGGUGGGCUACCUGAUUGCUGGAAUGAAAGAAGUAACAGAAGCCCAAAUAGGAGACACACUGUUUAUGCAUAAACAGCCAGUGGAGCCUUUGCCUGGCUUUAAGUCAGCGAAGCCAAUGGUUUUUGCAGGAAUGUACCCUGUAGAUCAAACAGAAUAUAAUAACCUCAAAAGUGCUUUGGAAAGGCUGACACUGAAUGAUUCCAGUGUGACAGUUCAUCGUGACAGUAGUCUUGCCUUAGGAGCUGGAUGGAGGUUGGGUUUUCUUGGCCUUUUACAUAUGGAAGUUUUUAAUCAACGUUUGGAGCAAGAAUAUAAUAUGUCUGUUAUUUUGACUGCACCUACUGUUCCAUAUAAAGCUAUUCUUUCUUCAGCAAAGUUGAUAAAGGAGUAUGGUAAAGCAGAGAUUACCAUUAUCAGCCCUGCUCAGUUUCCUGAUAAAUUCUCAGUAUCUGAAUAUUUGGAGCCAACUGUUCUUGGUACUAUUGUAACACCCCAAGAAUAUAUUGGGAAAAUAAUUGCUUUAUGUCAGGACCGUAGAGCAGUCCAGAAAGAUAUGCUGUACAUUGAUGAACACAGGGUUAUGCUAAAGUACCUUUUUCCACUGAAUGAAAUCGUGGUGGAUUUUUAUGAUGCUCUUAAGUCUCUGUCUUCUGGUUAUGCAAGUUUUGAUUAUGAAGAUGCAGGAUACCAGGCAGCAGACCUUAUCAAGAUGGAUAUUCUUCUAAAUGGAAAUGCAGUUGAAGAACUGGCAACUAUCAUACACAGUGAUAAAGCUUAUGCUACUGGUAAAUUACUGUGCGAACGUUUAAAGGAUGCUAUACCUAGACAGUUGUUUGAAAUAGCCAUUCAGGCUGCUAUUGGCAAGAAAAUAAUUGCAAGAGAAACACUGAAAGCUUACAGAAAAAAUGUUGUGGCAAAAUGUUAUGGUGGAGACAUUACAAGAAGAAUGAAGCUUUUAAAAAGGCAGGCAGAAGGGAAGAAGUUGAUGAGAAAAAUUGGCAAUGUGGAAGUACCAAAAGAUGCCUUUAUACGUGUUUUAAAGAGACAGCCUGACAAAUAGAUCACUGCCAUGCAGCUGAUUAUCUUCUUACAGACAGUAGCAUACUUGAAUUAAUGUAUAAUUUAUCACUGUGAGAGUGAUUUAUAAUUUUCUUAAAAUGAUGUAAAUGUAAAUAUAUGUGGGAAUAAGCUUUGUACUUAACAUAUCCAGACUGUUGCAGAUUAUCAUGAAGUUAGUUAUUUCAUUUUACUUCACUGAAUCUGAAAGUUAUCAGUAUAACUUAACCCAAGUUUGAUACUCUUAACACUUUCAAGUCUUUGUAUGACAGAACAGGGAAAAUGUGGCAAAAAAUAUUAAAUAAUUUAAAGGUAGGGAUAUUUUUUUAAUGUCAUUGGCAUGGAAAUAUCAUGUUACUUCCUCUUUACUUGCUAAAGUUGUUCUUUUCAGGAAAUCACAGCCGGAAAAGCUAUAAUCCUAGCUUUCUCCAUGAACAUAACUGAUUUAAGCCUUAAAGACUUCCUCCUGGACAUGUCCUAAUAAAAUAUUCAUGCCAGUCUACUGUUGUAAAAUGUGCAAUUUAUGUUCACAUGCUAAAGUUUGUCAGUGAGUUCUUACUUAACAACUGUAGUUAAAUGCAUUUACUAGUAUCUGUUGCUUUUGGUAGGGUACACAAAGCACUCAGAAACACAAGUCAAUGACCAUGCUAUAUACAGGGUUUGCAACUACCUGCCUACCUCGGAGAAGAUUCAAGGCUGUUCAUAGAUCUUCAGGACUGGGGGGGGGCUGUGGAAUUCUAUAUCUAGAAUUCCAUAGCUUCAUUUCUGUUACAUUCUUCUUACAUGUAUGCAGGAUGCACUGGACAUCCUGGUCAGCAGGGGUUUCUGAAAGACAGGCCCUGCCUGACUAACAUGAUCUUUUAAGACAAAAUAACCUAUUUAGUGGACAAGGAACAGCUGUGGAUGUUGUUUACUUGGACUUUAGCAAGGCAUUGAUACUGUUUCCCACAGCAUUCUCCAAGAGAAAGUGGCUGCUCAGGGCAUGGGUGGGUGUACUUGUUCAGUAGGUAAAAAUGUGGCUGGUGGUUGUGCCCAAAGGGUCAUGAAAUCCGGUUGGUGGCUAGUCACAAGGGAUGGUUCUUGGGGCUUACUCUUCAAGCCAGUUUUGUUUAGUAUCUUUAUGAAUGAGUUAAAUGAAGGGACUGAGUGUACCCUCAGUAAGGUUGCAGAUGACACCAACUUAGGUAGGAGUGUUGAGCUGCUUGAGGGGAAGAAAGCUCUGCGGAGGGAUCUCGAUGGGCUGGGAUAAAAGUGGAUUUCCACUCCCACUUGGAACUGUAUUGAGGAACCAACAGUUUCAAAAAGGCUGUCCAGUGCAAACCAUAUUUGGGUUUUACAUACAUACAAAAUACUAUACCAAAAAAGAAAUUCAAGUAGAAAUCUGGUCAAACUAAUAAUUUCAAAUUUACAUGGUAUUAAGUGUAUACCUAUAUGGUAUAAGUGUAUAUCUCAAAUACUUCAUUUAACUUUUUAACACUGGUAAACACUAGUAAAAUCUGUUUUACAGUUUAAGGCUGAAAAUGUAUUUGAUAGCUUAGGGUCUGUUUAAAAGAGGCUUGUUAGUAAUUAAAGAUUUUGCUCUUCAAUAAAUAUGUUGUAAGGCAUCACCUUUUCUUAUUUUUUUUUACGCUAAGCACAAAACUGGCAGCAGGACACAGAACAAACAAUUACUAACUUCAAGAAUUUUCUUGUUCAUCUAGAUACAUUACUCUUUCUACCACUGGGGAUCCAAAAAAAGUAAAUUAAGUUCUUAACCUCUUUCUUACAUGGAAGGAGACAAAAUACUUAACCUGUCCAUUAAAGCCUGAAGUACUUGCACAUUUCAGAAUUUACAUUAGAAACAAAACAAUUUGGAAAUGAUAUUUAUAUUUACAUUUUACUUUUUCAAAGUAGGAAAUAACAUUCCUUGUAACAGAUCAAUAUUUAUAGUGAUACAAUGAGAGGUAAUUAUUACAGAGUGGUUAACAGUGACUUUAAUACAUGAUAAUUUAAACUAGUAGACAUUAUGUUCCUAGAAAUUAACCUUUUUGCAGGUAACAGCUGAUACAGUUAAACAUAUCUCCAGAAAGGAACACCUCGCUUUUUCCUUAUGGAUAAAGCUCAAUUAUAAAAAAAAUUGAAAAAUCCUAAACUAAUUUGAAAUACAUGAGAGAAGAAAGUACUAUGACAGAAGUUUAAUGUUUGCAACUAGAAUAAGUUAUGACACUUUCAAGAAUUGGGUGCAUUUAUAGGCACUGUUUUUGUAUUUUUAUUUGCCUGAAUUGUACAGCAGGACUUGAGAUGCCCCAAAACUGUUUGUAUAAGAUAAAUUUAAGGCAACCAAGUGCAAAAGCUCAGUGUGCAUUAGAUACACGUAAACAGAACAUUUCAUAGUAGAAAGUGUACAGCUAUUACAAGUCCAUAGUAUUUAACAAAGGCCAAAACCAUUCUGCCUAGAAACACAAAUGCAAAGUGUAGUUGCACUAAUGGAGCCAAAAUUAUAAAUUCUUAGAAAUAAGAUAUUCUAACAGAUGCAUUACAUUGCUGUGCUAAAAUAAGUGCUCUGCCCCACCCACCCCCCUCCACCCCUAUGUAA